GGCUCGAGCUCAGCGGCAAGUUUGAAGGCUUAUACUCAUCACUUUAUUAGAAAAAAAUAUAAUAUCAAUACAAUAAAAUAAGUUUUAUAUUUAGUUUAAGAAGUAAAUUCUCAUCCUUUUUGGUGUUUAGUACAUGCUUACCGUAAACGACUACGAAAAACAUGGAAGCUACAGUGGAGAAGUUGGAAGCAUUAUUCAACAAAGCUGAGUCAGACUUGAACUUUAUUGAAUGUAAAUUGGAGAACGAACUUGCACAGAUUACAGAUAAUAGGGAGCCUAACCCUGUCAAGAUGAUACACAACAUUCAGGAAAUCAAAAAAGAAUUUUCAACUUUAGUAAAAGAGAUCCAUGAAACAGAAAAGAAACAAAAGGAAGCUAUAGAAAAUCUUCAGGAUCAUCUAAAGUCUGUCUGUGAGAAACUUGAGAUAGUCCAGCAGAAAUCAAUAGUGGAUGAAGUUCAUAAAAAAUCCUAAACUGUGUGCAGAUAAUAUUUAGGCUAAAUCUACAGUGUAUUUAUGAUUGAAUUAAAAGUACCUGGUUCAUAAAAUAUCAUGGUAAGUUUGAACAAGAUAAAUUCCAUAUACAUAUGUAUAUUUGACAUCAAUCAUUGAAAAUACACAGAUUAAUACUUUUUCAUUACAUUAGGUUUUUUUAGCUUUCUACUGUUGUUUUAGAGGGAGAAUUAAAUUAUAAACAUUACUUUUCAAACUGUGUCUAAUAUGAGAAAUUAAUUUGUUGUUAUAUUUUGUACAAGAGAAAGGUGGUUAACAUAGUGACAGAAAGAACCGUCAGUAUAAACUAGAUUAUAUGUACAGUGUGCUGAAGGAAUAUUGUUUAAUAAAUUCCAAGUACUAAGGAUAA